CUGCGAAAAAUGUAACCAAACCCAUCCUAAAGCCGAAUAUCGCUACAUCCUCUCCUAAACGUCAAUGAUCAUACCGGCCAAUUAUGGUUAACGGCAUUUGAAGAAGUGGGAAGACUCAUAAUGGGAAUGAGUGCAGAUGAGAUGAUGGAGUUGAAGGAAAAUGAUCAGUCGGCCUUGGAAAAGGUAUUCGAUGAUGCAAAUUGCAAGAUGAUAAUAUUCAAAUGCAGAGGCAAAACGGAAAACUUCCAAGAGCAAGCGAGGUAUGUGAACUUCAACUUUAUAUUCUCACGACUUCAAUUCGCGAACGUGUGACUAACCAUCAAUUGCAGGGUCCGUUAUCAAGUCAAUUCUGCUUCGGCUGUGAACUAUGGUGUUGAUGCCUUGAAGUUGGCGGAGAUGAUCAAGGCGUAUAAUAUUGAUUAGAUGUAUAAGUAUAUGGCUAGCAUGUUGCGAUUAUAACCUAAGAAUAAGAAAAUGAGGUUGGUGGCGCCUGAGGCUGGCGAGCUUUAUCAAUGAGCAUGAUACGUUUGAUGAAUUGGUGAAUGU